AUGAUUGAUGUACUUAUUAUUAUGGGUUUAAUUCGUUAUUUGCAGGAGAUGAUCUUUCGCGGCACCGAUACUACAGCACUCUUGACUGAGUGGAUCAUGGCAGAGUUGGUUUUGAACCCUGAGAUUCAAGCCAAGCUGAGGAAUGAGCUGAGCAUCGUUGGAAACAGGAGCGUCACGGAAGCUGACGUAGCUAAAUUGCCGUACCUGCAGGCUGUGAUCAAGGAAACCUUGAGAGUACACCCUCCUGGGCCCCUCCUCUCUUGGGCUCGGUUAUCCACCUCAAACGUCCACCUCAGCAAUGGCAUGGUGGUCCCCAGCAAAACAACUGCGAUGGUUAACAUGUGGGCCAUAACCCAUGACCCAAGAGUAUGGGAGGAUGCCUUGGUGUUUAAGCCAGAAAGAUUCUUGGAGAGCCAAGGUGGCGCUGACGUGGAUGUAAGAGGAGGUGACCUCAGGCUUGCACCAUUUGGGGCUGGACGUAGGGUUUGUCCUGGUAAGAACCUAGGGCUUGUGACAGUGAGCCUUUGGGUGGCUAAGUUGGUGCACCAUUUUGAGUGGGUCCAGGACAUGCGUAACCCAGUUGACCUAAGUGAAGUGCUGAAACUUUCUUGCGAAAUGAAGAAGCCUCUCUCAGCUGUGGCUAUUCCAAGAAAUGGUGUUCAACUUUUCUAG